UCUGGGUAACCAAACACUCCCUCUGAACCCUUACGCGCCAAAAAGCCCUUCUUCCCACCAUCCCACAAGAGGGGGGGAGAGAGAGAGAGAGAGAGAGAGAGAGAGAGAGAGAGAGAGAGAGUAUGACAUCUGCAGUGGGAUGGUACGGACCGCUGAUCGAUCUCUCGAAGGCAUCUUUUCACGUCGGCGACUUUGUCCAGCUUCUCGUCUUCCUUCACCCAUCCACUCCUCUUCAGUACAAGCUAUGGAAAGGAGGAGAGAUAGUGAGAAAGGACAUUCAUGUCGGCGACGACACCAGACCUUUCUUCCCCAUCUCCAUUUGGCAAAAGCAUUUCGCUUCCGUCGCCCUUCCCGGUGAUGUCGUUUUGUUACAAAAUGUUAAGAUAACGAAAUAUGGACAUGUGUUGGAGGGUAGAGCCAUUUACUGUUCUUCCUUGCUUCCUCUAGUACACCCUUAUCAAUCACUUGUCUCGAAGGGUUUGGAUGAGUUAGUGGCAGACUGUCGAGUAGGGAUAACAGUUAAGGAAAAGCUCAGGAAGGUAAUAGAAUGGGUGAAACGAGCCGCGUACACCUUUUGCAGCAUACAACCGCACUGCCAUGGGAAUAUACAGUGGUCAAGGAACUGGAAACUUCCAGAAGAGAGGAAAUCCAAGGACUGUUUUUUGCUGUCGGAAGUGUUACGCCUAACUGAUGUGUGCAAAGCAGUCUUUUACGCAUCUGUCGGUGAAAUUUUUCUGCCACUUAUUGCUACAACCCUUGGUGAGCCCGAAAAAGAAAAGAUGUUCAUCAGUAGGAGACUUUAUAAAACAGGAGACUCUAGUUUAGCUACUGAUCUCAUUUGUACUGGUUGUCAGUUAUGCGGUUCCCCUUUAAACGUGGAGCAAGGAUCUAUGUUUGAGAAGGAUGCGCCCCCUUUAUAUUGUUCAGAAAGCUCAAACCGUCUGCACACAGUAAGCUUCAUAUACCGGCCUUUCAUGUUGUAUGUAUGGGAUGAGUCGGAGCAUGUGCCACUUCUUGUCAGAAACAAAGCUGCAGAGAUCUUAUUUGGAAACAUCAAGGCUGAAAGAAUAUAUUCGAGCUUCAGAAGACCACAUAAUGAGAGUAAAGCUGAUCCGAAAAACGCCACUCAAUUCCAUGCCGAUGGGGUUUUGGGAGAUUUGGGAUCUAGUUCAUCAGCUGCAGAUAAGAGCGUGGACUUGAAGGGCAAGGAACAUCUUGGAAGUAAAAUGAACUUUUAUCUCAUAUGGCUGAUUCUUUUGAAAGCCUUGCUGCAACAAGGUAAGAACAGUCCUCUGAAAUUUGAAGUCUCUGUAAAUCCCAGUUUGGAUAUAGAAAAUGGUAGGUUUGAAGUGGUUUCAGUGUGGAUGCCAUGUUUCAGAACCAAAGUUUGUUCAGAUCAAAGUGUAUCAUUAGAAAACUGAUUAAAUUCCUCAUUCCUGGUAGAAAUAUGGCUGGUCUAGAGUGAUUGGAACAACCGAGGACGUAGGGUCAAAUAAUGUGUCCAAAAUUAUGUAUUUGAAAAAUUUUGGAAAAUGUAAUUCCAA